CGCAGUCGCCGUGACAGACGCUGAACACUUGGAGAACGUAGCCUCCAAGUCGAUCUGCUAAAACUAAAUCAAGAGGCAACAGGUGGCGUGAGAAAAGGGGAGAGAGUAGAGGGUUGAUACGAGUUGAUGAUUGAACGGCAACGAUUAGAUGUAGUUAGCGUGCCAAGGCCCUUUAGGCUUCGCGCCUCCGGGCGAAAUAAAUUCCAUCCACCCAUACAUCCAUCCUGUCAUCUAGCUCUUGCUCUCGUCGUAGUAAUAUCAAUCUUAUAUGCGCGAGCUGACCAGACCUUGGGUGUUGCCCGUCACAUCGGGUCCCGGCGGCGGUUGUAGGCUUUCGCUAGAUGACGUGAAAUAAGAUCGACGC